CUUCCUUUGUCGCCGUAGCUCAGUGCCCCACGGCAAACCUCGGCUGGCGUCAUACAGUUUCCCCAAAUAUCCCCGCGACGCGUCGCACAACUCUCUUCCUUCCUUUCCUUUCCCACCAUGUCAACAAACGCCGUACCAAAAUUUAGCCCUGGUGAAGCUGUGACAGAGAAAGAUGGGUUGAUCCAUGGCGUUUCGGCGCAGGAGCUGCAGGUUUUGGGCGAGCAGUGCUUCGAUGCGAGGUCGAGGGCUUAUUGCCCAUACUCGCUCUUCCGCGUCGGCGCAUCCCUCCUCCUGACCACCUCCUCCGCAACCGACACAUCCGCAGCCCACACGAUAAUCGGCGCAAACGUAGAGAAUGCAGCCUAUCCAGUUGGAACAUGCGCUGAGCGUGUCGCCAUGGGUACUGCUGUUAUUGCAGGCCACCGCAUCGGAAGCUUCAAGGCCGUUGGCGUUACGACCGACAUCGACGACUUCUGCUCGCCAUGCGGAAUGUGCAGACAGUUCCUGCGCGAGUUCUUGAAGCUGGAGACACCCAUCUUCAUGUUCAACAAGGAAGGAAAGUGGAUUGUGAGGACAAUGGGCGAGUUGCUUCCGCUCAGCUUUGGGCCGGACGUGCUGCCACCGAGGGAGGAACUGAGGAAGAACCAGGAAGACGACAAAGCGAAGACCGCAUAGAGUGUGUCACGGGAAGUAGGCAUUGGCGGCGUUGUGAGGAAGAUACCAGGGGUUUGAGCAUCUCGAAAGGGGCGUUGGUGGGAGGUGUAUGAGUACAAAUGAUGAGUGGUUGUCAGAACCAUAUGGACAAUGCUAUACAACAGAGCCGCAAAGCUCAUGAUGUGCACAUUGAAAAUCGUCUACCAAAACAACACAUCUAUCAAGAGUACCUAGGUAUACUGGUUGGAGCUGUCCCAAAUUGAAGCUACCUGACUCUGUCCCUGCCCCACGAGAGCCCCGCGGAAGCCACCAUGCAGCCUGAUAAGAUGCCGAUAAGCUGCCAACCCAGCCAGCA